AUGUAUCGUGCUUGAGAAAGCAUUUCAAUGUACGAAUCAUGUUGGUAAUGUUGAAACUUUCGAUUCCAUUCAUUGCGUCACGUGCGCAAUGAUGGGACGUCGGUGCAUAUCGAAAGUGGGGUAGCUCAUGACUUUACCCGAUUGAACCCGUCGAGCAUAUCAAUUAGAUUUGUUUUAUAAUCUACAUUUUUCGUGCACCGGGAUAGUAUCGACUAUUGGCAGCAUGUCGAGCUCAUUUCACUAGACGAGUCGAAAGCGAUAAGUUGCAAAGUUAUAGUUUUUAUCAAUAGUGCUCCUAGCAUGAAAUCAAUCGUAUGUUGGAUUGUACUGUUGACCGUGGUACAACAGGUGUACAGUUUCUACAAUCCAUUUGAUUACAAUUUGAAUCUUCAGAAAUUUGAAUAUUUCAAAUAUCCACCACCUGGCAAAAGACUCCCACCCCGUGAUGCAUCUGUGGCACAGAAGGCGAUCGCGGUUGUAACUUAUUUUCACAAUUUACUUGUGGGACAUCCAGUGCAGGAGAAAAGAUAUUACAUUCCGUUUGAUCCAGAUCGUGCACUGAAGCUCCGGGGAGCUUAUCAACGGCAGUUUGGAUAUCGUGGUGAAAAUUUGAUCGCUCUGAUCGGAAACGGCUAUUCGCCGCAGGCUCUACGAUAUUAUGGUGCGAUUGGAAAGGAUUUUGGGAAAUACUGAAAAUAGUUGUAUAGUUACAAGUUAGACAUAAAGUAAUUUAUUAUAAAAUGAUUCUGAAAUCAGAAGAAACUGAAAUAAAAUGCAUCGUUUUGAAAUAUUGAACUGUUCACGAUUCUGCUCCGAAUUCUGUCCUAUGGGUUCGAAAACCAGCUGUUAUACAUUAUUUUGCUAAUUGAAAAUACGAAGAAGCAAAUAAUGUAAUCGAGCCAACAGAUAUAAUGUAUUAAAUAUACAUAAAUUUGCAAUUCUUUUGUGAAUUUGUGAAGGUAUUUAGUAUUUAUGUAAAUAAAACAAUACCCAAAUAUUUCGAUGGAAAUAUUCGAA